UCAGCAUGUCCUCACCGCAUAGUAUGUGUGCCAAAUCUUAAGUUCGUUGCACAGUGAACAAGCGUUUCCUUGCUAUAUCGGUUUUACCCUAAGUUGUUUUGAUUUUGUUACUUUAAGGGUGUGGACAAUAAAAUUCAACAGAUGCCGGAGAGCGUAAUUUUGCCAGCUAGCUACGUGACAAUGGCUGAGGCUGAGCCCGACCUGAGUACGUUUGAAAAUAAGAGUGGUUUAGCGGAAGACAUGAAGUUCCUUGCUUCUAUGCCAGAGCUAUGUGAUGUCACAUUUCUGGUGGGUGAAACGAGAGAACCCGUUUGUGCAGUCAAAGCGGUACUAGCUGCACGCUCCAGAGUGUUUCACAAGAUGUUGUAUCAGGCUCCAAGUCCCCAACGAAAGAAAGAUCCUCCACCAAGAGAAAACAAGUUACGCCUUUUCUUGAAAAGGUCUUCAGAACCUCUACUUAACUUGCAAAGCGCCUCCCAACAUCAGAGAGGCUUCACCCAGCAGCUGGCUCCUAUCCAAGAGCCUCAAUCCCAACAACAUCAAACGGUUAUCAUUGAGGAAUUUGAACCUGACGUUUUUCGACAGCUUAUUGAGUACAUCCACACCGGAUGUGUUACGUUGCAACCAAGAACUCUUUUAGGUGUGAUGAACGCUGCUGAUUACUACGGUCUCGACGAAUUGAGAAGAGCUUGUGCCGGAUUUGUUCAAUGCUGCAUCAAUGUUGAUACCGUCUGUGCUCUUUUAGCUUCAGCAGAAAGAUAUAUUCAAUACAAAUGUACCAAAUCUCUUGUGCAAAAGGUUCUUGAAUUUGUUGACGAACAUGGAAAUGAGGUUUUAAAUUUAGGUUCAUUUACUUUGCUACCUCAACACGUUGUUCGAUUAAUCCUAGCAAGGGAUGAAUUACAAGCUGACGAAUUUACUAAAUUUCAAGCUGCUCUGAUGUGGGGAAAGAAAUACUGUGAUAACAACUCAACUACAAGUUUGAAAGAUGUAAUUGGUAACUUUUUGGAAUACAUACAGUUUCACAAAAUUCCAGCUAACGUUCUAAUGAGGGAGAUUCAUCCUUUGGGUCUGGUUCCUUACAGCAUUAUUAUGAAUGCUUUGGCAUAUCAGGCAGACCCGAACAGCGUUGACCCCGGGAAGCUCUCCCCCAACCGCGUAAGGCGCCAAGACCAUGGCAGGUCCAUGAGCGUGCAGAGCAGCUUGGAUCCUUACGGCUCCAACACCACCCUCAGCUCAUCCGGAUCGUCCGAGCUGGCUUCUUCGGAAGGCAAGCACAACUCCAAUUAACAUAAGGCCACUGGUGUGCCCCUACCCUCAGCGCCACCUCCCGGUGGAGCACUGUCGGCCAGCUCCCUUCCCACGUCCAGCGCACCCGUCGUUACCUCUAGCGCUCCGUCAAGUGCACCGUCGAACGCACCAUCCGUAAGUUCAAGCCCCCUGCAUCAAUCCCACACACACUCUGUCCCCACGGUAACAGUUCAGGCAGCAUCUCCAGGAGGCUGUAGCACCACUCAACAGUCGUCCCCGGCGCAUACGUUCACGUUCACAAUUAUUUUAAAGAAGAUUGUAUUAAAAGAGACUAUGGAUUUGUAGGAGGAGGAGAAAAAGUCAUUAAGUCGUAUGGGCUCUACAGAAGUAUUGAUUUAAAUAGAUGUUUAAUACGGUUGCCGCAUACAAAAGGUGAUUCAAACUCGCCGCCUUGGGCUAAUAGUAGGGUCAUUAUAAAACUAUACUGCAAAAUUGGCUGCGGGAUGGAAAAACAACUAAUUAAAGGUCAUC